AGGAGCCUCUUCAUGGUUACACCAAAAUGUAAGAGUAUUCCGAAUAACAAUCCAAGAUGGCAGCGCCCAUGGAAGCACGAAAUGCAAUUCGCCGAUUUUACAGACUGCUUACUUGUUCUCAACAGUCAUAUUUGUUACAUGCAAGACAGAUGGGCUUUGUAGACAAGUUGAAGACUUUGCAGUGGUGGUCGGAGAAGGAAACUGAAGAGAGUGUGAUUGAGGAUGGUGCAGACGAAACAAAUAUUGUUCCAGCUAUACCUGUGAGGAAAAGGGAAUGUAUAGAGGAAGUCCGGUCAUAUCAACCACCUGCCGAUGCUGUCGAGAGAAUAUCUUACAUUGUGGAAGAGGUGUAUGGUUCCCAAGCAGAUAUGGAUUUACAACUGAAUAAUCGAGCGCAAAAGUUUGAUUUGCUGACUCGUGUGAUGGAAGAUUUGGAUCAUGACAUUGCUAGUGUUGAUCUUAAUGACAUGAAUACUGUGCAAGAUGUUUUUAAGUAUUUCAAGGUUGAAGUAAAGGAUACUUCUGCUUUAGAGGACCUUACUAAAUUAGACUUGCCGAAAAAUCUUCAUAUAAAUACAGAAUAUAUCAGAUUUCACCCAGAUACAGAUAAUAUUUAUGACGGAAUCACAGCUUUCCCUGGCAGACCAACUAGAGUGUCUAGUAUAAAAUAUAAGCGAAAAUACAAAGGGUUUGAUGGAGGUGAUGUCAUCAAUGAUCCUGAUAAGAUUAUUGGGUUGUAGUUAACUGUUUGUGAAUUGUUAAGUUCCAUCUUUUGUAUAAGGACUAUGUCAUGGAUAAUCUUACAAUCCUGUUAACAAAGGCCACCUAAGGGAGAAAGCAAGCAUGACUGUUAAAGACAAGUGGUCUGUAUAUGGGGGGGGGGUACUAAAUCCAAUUAAAUUAUAAAACUGUUGUUGAAAAAGGAUGAUUCAUAGGUGGUUGUUUUUAAUACAGGUUUGACUUUACAUGUUAAUUAUAAUAGAACAAAGUAAUAAAAGCAAAGGUGAAAUUUGUUUAUUUAAUGUUGCAUCACAUGUUGGUAAGAUAUAAUUGAGAAAAGAUUCUAUUGUUAAAAUCCUUUAUUUGCUUGAGGAGGUUGAAAGAAAAAAAUCUUUGUUUUCAUGACAUUAAAAUCUAACUUAUUAUGAACAAUAAUUGAAUGAAUACCGGUAAAAUAAUUAAUAUGCUACAAAGAAAGAAUUGUUUCAUUCUUUGGGUUAUGUCUGUUGAUGUUUCUCUUAUUACUGGUUUAUCUCCCCUUGCUGCCAUUUUGAAGGUGCUUAAAGGGACUCUUCUUAGUUUUUAUUGACAUGACAGCUCUGGAAUAUUUCUUAGAGAGUGUAUAUUUUAAUUUUUUUUUGUGCGUUCAAAAUUUCUGAUCAUUUGCAACACUCUUCUUUCUUUCAGAAAAAUAAUUUUUAUUGGGCAAAUGACCUUAAAAUGAAGUGGUAAAAUACUUCAAGCUCAAAUUGGGUGAGGAAUCACACUAAAAAUUUAAUCCUGAAUUGACUUCUUAGUAUAUUUCAUUAUUCAUGAGCUGCCCCAAUUGAUCUAUGUAAUGUUUUCAAAUAUAGUUUUAGACUUUUUGACCUCAGUCAAGCUUCUUUAAGAUUCCAUGGAAUUCUCUUAUAACUAUCAGCAUUGUGUGAUCUAGUACUGGUUUACCCUAUCACCAACACUGGGUGAUAUAAGCCUUUCAUGUUACAUUUGUUUUGUCUCACAUGUGUAAAUGAAUAUGACUGUUUACCCAAAUCAUCUGUUACUUUUGUUUGUUUUCAUAUUUUGUCAAAUAUCAUGAAUAAUGACCCCCAAAAUGACAUCCACUGUUGUUAAGGGUGCUAAAUAUUUCAAAAAUUGUGAGUCUGUUUUUAAGUGAAUUAAUGUUUAUAUCAUAGUACAAAACUGUUCAUUCUUCAUUUUUAGUUGAACAUAAAGUGUAUUA